CGCCGAGGCGCAGUCAUGGCGGCCCCCGACGCCGCUGCCGGCGCCGAGAGCGAGGAGACGCCGCGGGAGGCCGAGGCGCUGGCCGCGGCCCGGGAGCGGAACGGCCGCUUCUUGAGCGGCCUGGAACUGGUGAAGCAGGGCGCCGAGGCGCGCGUGUUCCGCGGCCGCUUCCAGGGCCGCGCGGCGGUGGUGAAGCACCGCUUCCCCAAGGGCUACCGGCACCCGGCGCUGGAGGCGCGGCUCGGCCGGCGGCGGACGGUGCAGGAGGCCCGGGCGCUGCUCCGCUGCCGCCGCGCAGGGAUAUCUGCUCCAGUUGUCUUUUUUGUAGACUAUGCAUCCAACUGCUUAUACAUGGAAGAAAUCGAAGGCUCAGUGACUGUUCGAGAUUAUAUUCAGUCUACCAUGGAGACUGAAAAAACUCCUCAAAGUCUCCUCAGCCUAGCCAAGACAGUUGGGCAGGUUUUGGCUCGAAUGCACGAUGAAGACCUCAUUCAUGGUGAUCUCACCACCUCGAACAUGCUCCUGAAACCCCCCGUGGAACAGCUGAACAUUGUGCUCAUAGACUUUGGGCUGAGUUUCAUUUCAGCACUUCCAGAAGAUAAGGGAGUUGACCUCUACGUGCUAGAGAAAGCCUUCCUCAGUACCCACCCCAAAACUGAGACUGUGUUUGAAGCCUUCCUGAAAAGCUACUCCACCUUCUCCAAAAAGUCCAGGCCAGUGUUAAAAAAAUUAGAUGAAGUUCGCCUAAGAGGAAGAAAGAGGUCCAUGGUUGGGUAGAAGGGUCUGUUUGAUGCGUACAGGCAUUUAGGCCAUUUAUGUCAAAAGGAACGUGAAGGAGUGCUCCAAAUACGAGAUUAGACCUAAAUAAAGGUGUUGAGACAUUUUAA